AGGAGGCGGAGGAAAAUGGUGGAGCUGUUUACAGAUGUUGAGGAGAGGAGACACGGACGUUACUUUGGUUUUUACCGCAUGGAAGGAGCAGAGCUGCGUUCAGCUGUUAUCAGACUGAGACUGCAGGCCAACAGUCCUGUACACAGGACAUCCACGCUGCGCUGAGAGAGCUGACCGCCCAGAAAGUGAGGACGGCAUUCCUGGAAAAACAGACUCAAGAACAAGAAGCAAAGCUGGAGAGUCAGAAGACUGAGAUCGACCAGCUGAAGCUGCAGUCAGAAGAACAAGUAGCAAAGCUGGAGACCGAGAUCAACAAAGUAAAGCAGGAACUACAAGUCACACGGGUGGCGUUCUCAGCCUCUGUGCUGGAACAGGUAAGUGCAGAAACUGGACCCUUUAACAUUCAGACUACUCUGAUCUUCAAACAUGUUGUCACAAACAUUGGAAAUGCCUACAACAAACACACAGGUAUUUUCACUGCACCAGUGAGAGGAGCCUACCACUUUGACUGGAAAGUAUAUGGAUAUGGAAACAUUGAGGCUGGUGCUGUGUUAUUCAGGAAUGAAGAACACAUAUUUAUAGCAUAUGAAAGUCCAACAUCUGGUUCUGUGAGCGCCUCUAAUGGAGCCUCACUGCUUCUAGAGGUUGGAGAUCAUGUGUUUGUACGUCUCUGGGUUAAUUCAAGGAUACAUGACAAUCAAAACCAUCAUAACCACUUCAGUGGUCAUCUGAUCUUCACCAUGUGAGAGGUGUGACAGCUCCAACACUUCCUGUUUGCUGUCCUGUGUGGGCGGAGCUUAGCCAUUUUUAGAAGUAAAACAGGAAGUAAAUCACCUGCUGGAAUCAGUUUCUUGCUCUCUCUCUCUUUCUGGUUGGGUUCUAGUUUUGUGUUUAUUUGUUUCUACUGACUCAGAUAAUUUACUUCUUCUUGUUAUCUUUGAUUCAAAUAAAUCCAGUUAAAUGU